AUGUUGGAUGAUUAUGUUUUCCAUCCUAUUUUAACUAUAUGGCGGUUUGGUGUUCUGGCAGUCAUCUUUUUACCACUCUUCAUCACCUUACCUGUAGUAUUUAUGGGUGAACGCCAGAAGGAACUGGAUGAUGAACGCAGUGGUACCAUUUGGUGGUACAAUCUACUUGUGCGGCAUAUGGAGUUGGCAGGUCCCACGUUUAUUAAGCUCUCGCAAUGGGCUGCCUCAAGGACAGAUAUAUUUCCAAAUCAAUUAUGUAUAAUGUUAUCAAAGCUACACAACCAGGUUGAUCCACAUUCUAUAGAGCAUACUCGACGAACGAUCGAGGCCGCAUUUGGUGGACGUAAGCUCGAAGACAUCUUUGAUGAGUUUAUUGAGACCCCGCUCGGCAUCGGUGCAAUUGCUCAGGUCUACCGAGGCCGAUUAAAACCUGGUAUCGCAUUGCAUUUUGAACCUGAUGAGCAGCAGACUGUAGGAAAAGGUGCAGGAGACGAUGGUGGCAAAACUAUGAUUGGCAAGUUGAGUAACGUCACAAAGGUUGUUGUUCCCAAAAAGGAUCCAGGCGAGCGUACUGAAAAGAAACUAAAGACAGAGGUUGCAAUUAAGGUUCUCCACCCAAGAGUCGCACGCACUGUGGAGCGGGACCUGGCGAUCAUGAGUUUCUUUGCCAAAUUAAUCAAUCUGAUCCCAGGAAUGCGAUGGAUCUCAUUACCAGAUCAGGUCGCUAUGUUUGGGGAAAUGAUGCAGGAGCAGCUUGAUCUGAGGAUAGAAGCCAAGAAUCUGGAAAAGUUCCAGCGUAAGUUUCGGGGUCGCUAUACUGUCACCUUCCCAACACCACUCAUACAGUUUGCGACACGUGAGAUGUUGAUUGAGGAGUUUGUGGAUGCUUUUCCUUUAAAGACGUUCCUCCAGCGUGGAGCAGGUUCUUUUGAUGUGAAGAUUGCUGACAUCGGUCUUGAUGGAUUCUUGAGAAUGCUCAUCUUCGAUAAUUUCGUCCAUGCGGAUCUACAUCCAGGAAAUAUUUUUGUUCGGUUUUACAACCCUUCAGCUAAUAACCUUAUAAAGCAGAUCAUCUCCAGGUUCAGGGGCAAGAGCGCUCAAGAUAUGGCCCAUGUAGAUGAGGCUACAAUGCGAUUGAGGGCCAUUCCAAAAAAUGAUACGCAAGCAUGGAUGCAGGAGCUGGAGAACCUUUACAACGAAGGAUGGCGCCCACAAGUGGUCUUUAUUGAUGCAGGACUCGUCUCAGUUCUGUCUGAUAAAAAUCGACGCAACUUCUUGGAUCUGUUUCACGCACUAGCAGAGUUUGAUGGGUAUCGUGCAGGUCAAUUGAUGAUUGAGCGAUGUCGAAAUCCUGAGGCUGUAAUCGACGGUGAGUCAUUCGCCCUAAAAAUGCAAAAAUUGAUUCUGAGCGUCAAGGGCAGCGCAAUGUCGCUGGGCAAGAUCAAGAUUGGAGAACUACUGACAGAGGUGAUGGCAAUGGUUCGUAAGCACCAUGUUCCUAUGGAAGGGGAUUUUGCAAACGUUGUGAUUUCAAUUUUAAUUCUUGAGGGUAUUGGACGUCAACUGAACCCUAAUAUUGAUCUGUUCAAGACUGCACUUCCUAUUCUACGUGAACUUGGACGGCAAGAUGGUGGCCGUGGAGUGGUUGAAGGAGUACGAGACUUGCCAGGCGGAGGUGGAUGGUGGAUCAAGAUGUGGUUCCUACUGGAGGCGAGACAGUGGGCGCACGAAACGUUAGAAGCGACGACUACAGUAGACAGACAUUUGGAUGUUCUACUUCAUCCAGCGAUUUAA